GCUCCCGCCCAGCAACAGUCGCCGGAGAUGGUCGCCGGCGCGGCCGAAGAAUCGCCCCUCUACGUCAACGCGAAGCAAUUCCACCGCAUCCUCAAGCGGCGGAUAGCGCGGCAGAAGCUCGAGGAAGCCCUCCGCCUCACCUCCAAAGGCCGCAAGCCGUACCUGCACGAGUCGCGCCACAACCACGCCAUGCGGCGGCCGCGCGGACCGGGCGGACGGUUCCUCACGGCGGACGAGGUGGCGGCGCUGGAGCGGAAGGCGGCGGGCGAGGGGGACGACACGGAGGUCAAGGAGGAGCCGCCGGCGAAGGCAUCUGGGUCAAAGCGCAAGGCCGGUGCAGCUCCCUCUAAGUCCACCCCGUCCAAGAAGAGCAAGACUGAGUCU